AAACCAUCAUACGUUCCAUGAACUUCCAUUAAAAAGAACUUGAUGGGGCCUGAUCUCUGGCUCAUUAAUAAGGACAAGAGGGUGCAUCCAUGAUGUGAAAUCCGUUUUCACCUCUCGAAGUAAUGCAGACGGAGUAUUCGGCAGACGACAUCACAGCGGCUAGUGGUCUGCAGGUCUUAUCGUACCUAUGCGUGUCGAUGGCUACACUCUGGAUCUAUGAUUAUGUUUGUUCACUUCACGGAGAGUGGGCAUUCCUGCUUCAGUCGCGCUGGAGCAAGGCAAAAUGCCUUUAUAUCCUUGCACGAAAUGUUCCCUUUGUCAUCCUCACCAUCGACCUAUAUCUGUACUUCACCCCGAACGAGAAUCCCGAUAAAUGCCUAAUGUUGAUCAGCAUUUACUCAUGUUUCAGCUGCAUAUCAGUCUUUUGCUCCGAAUAUAUUUUUGUCCUUAGAACAUACGCGCUCUGGAACAACAAUAAGUAUGUUCUGGCAGCCACAAUAUGUACCUCUAUUGCUUUCUUAGUGGCAUCCAUUUACAUUGCUUUCACCACUGUUGACGCCUCUCAAGUUAUGACCAGCACGAUCCCAGGCAUCACAGGAUGUUACCGGAUCUCACGCAGUUUCAAACUCUCCACGCCGUUUCUUCUCUUAUUUGUGUUUGAACUGGGACUAAUCUCCCUCACAUUCAUACGUGCCAUGCAGAGCUGGCGGGCGGUCAACAGUCGUGUGUACACCGUCCUGGUGAAGCACAAUAUAUUCUAUUAUGCAUGCGGUUUGUUUCUCGCGGCCGUGAACGUCCUCAUGCCAACACUGUUUUCCCAAUACGCAUACCACUCCGUCUUUGAAGACUUCCAGUUCUUUAUCCUUGCUAUCCUAGCCACGCGCAUGCACCUCCAUCUCUGGCAUGUUGGUCAGGUCCAGGAUACAGUUGAUAUAUAGGACUGCAUGUUCUGUCGCAGGCGU